UAAGCCAAGGCGAGCUUGGACGACCACGUGCGAUAUUUAGUCGCGAAUGUCGACCAGCUUUUCUAUUACGAAAUUUUCAUAUUCGAACGAGUUUUAUUUGCGACGAAGUAGCGUUAUAUUUAUUAACGAGGAGGCCAUCUCUCUGAUAACGAGAAUAUCUGAAGUGUAUCGUAUACGGCUAUCGCGUGUACAAUCGUUUAAAAGCGACCAACGUCAAGGAAAAAAUAGACGAUUUUCGCGAUAGCGUCGUUACUUAGUGAAGAAAGGAAAUUGAAGGCAAAGAGAACUACCAGUUCUACGAGUUCUCGAAGACCCGCGAGCCGAUUAUAAUAAUACGUAAAGUCAAUAUAUGUAGACUUCAUCAUUACGCUCGCAGGCAUUAAAUCCAUAAGAAACGAAGCCAAUUGGUCUCUGUUAAAGUGAAUUAUAGUGAUAAUACACAUAAAUCUCAGCUCGACCAGAUUUGAAAAGAUUCGCGUGAGAAAAUCGAAGCUUUUCUUCAUCGAGAAAAGCUAUACUGCCUUUAUAGAACGCAUUUUUUAAAACGUAUUUAAAUCGUGAUUACGCAUAUGUUACUUAUAACGCGCCAAUCUGGUAUGUAAAUUAAAUCACUGGCAUGACUUACGUUAAAUUUUUUCCUCCUCAUCACGUUCAAAGUCUAUUUAGUCGGACUAUACGUUAAGAAGCAUAGAUAUAAGAAGUAUAGAUAUAAUGAAAGUUACUGAAGGUGAUGUUGACUUCAUUGAUUAUUCAAAAAGCUGCAUUACCGCUGGAAACACACGAAGGCUGUGAUUAGCUUGUGAUAGUUGAACAAGAGAAGGCGCACAAGUUCUUUCCACUUUAACGAAUAAUUAUAAUCGAUCAAAUGGCAAAGACUUCAUAGAUAUAAGCAAUCGUAAUCGUUUCGUUUAUUCUGUUUGUCAUCGUGACGAGAGAUAAUCAAUUGGCACUUAUCUCUUAUUCGCAUAGUUCAUAAAACUUUGCUCGUUACGAGACACACAAGACAAGGAAAUGACGAGGAUCACGUCUCGUGUUUCGGACAGAUGCCUCUCAAAGUAGCAAGAGACUGACAGACGAGACGAGUCGAAGUUUCUGCAAAAGAGUGCUGGGAUGAAAUACGAUUCGCAAACGCGAGUUCAAUGUUCUUCAGAAAGAUGAAUGAGUCGACCCACGGGUAAAGUUGUGAUGUCACGUGAUUCCUCGAUCAAGAGAUCGUCAGAGAGAAAGUUGAGUCAGAUCAAAGUAGUCGAAGAUACUUAUGCAAUCCAAGAGUGACAAUUAAAAACAAACUGCAGCAGUGCUGCCGCAUAAAACGUGAUCAGAACUUGUUAAUGAUAAAUGUAGUGCUAGAGACGUCUCGUUUUGCAAGUGGAAAUUACGGAUAGAAAAUAUUUGAGAAUUUUGUAACAAAUAUAUCGAUUCAGUUACAUAGAUGAAAAUGGCUCUCGAGACAAGAUUAAGCGAGGAGCUGCAUUCGAUGCUGAAUUCAUCAGGCGACAUGCAACGAGUCGCGUAUACAUCGGACACCGAGAAUAAUAAUAACAAUAAUAAUGUCAAGAAUGGAAAGAGCCUUUUGCAUAAAGAAGAAGCGGCUGUGCAAUAUUCAUCAAAUGCGAAAGGAGUGCUCGCGCAGUGUUUAGUAACAGGUGCAGUAUUAUUACUGGUAACGGGUGGCGGAAUGCCGAUUGGCUACAGCGCUGUAUUAUUGCCGCAAUUGUCCGAAAGCAACAGUACUAUUUACAUGGAUCAUGAAGUUGGUUCCUGGAUAGCCUCGAUUCACAGUCUGGCUACUCCUGUCGGCUCGUUGCUAUCGGGACCAUUGCUGGAAAUGAUCGGUCGACGAAGUAGUUUGCAAUGGGCGACAGUUCCUCUCUGCAUAGGAUGGUUGAUCAUCGGUUUCUCGAAAAGCGUGGUCGCUAUUUUAAUAGGAAGAAUCGUUUGCGGCAUAUCUGUAGGAUUGAUGCCAGUGCCCUCACAGAUUCUGGUGGGAGAAAUGGCGGACCCCGGCCUACGUGGCUUUUUACUAGUCUUCUCGUUCGCCUCGUAUUGCCUCGGUAUCCUGAUGGUUUACGUUUUAGGCGCCUCUUUUAAUUGGGAUAUUGUGGCAUUUAGCGGCCUCGUGCUUCCUAUUUUGGCUUUUAUCGCUCUUUGUUUGGUGCCCGAAAGUCCGACCUGGCUCGUUAGACGGAAAAAAAAUGAAGAAGCCAAGAAGGCUCUUUUAUGGCUCAGAGGCGGCGACGUAGAUCAGGUGAAUGCGGAAAUAGCUCUCUUGAACGCGGGGAUGAGAACUGAUGUGUCUGAAAAACCUACAAAUGUGUCGCUGAGGAAAAGGAUCUUCUCGGCGAUGUCCGUCAUCCGCGAUCCGGGCGUGUUGAAACCAUUGAUCAUCAUCGGUAUAUUCAAUAUUCUUCAAUUGAGCAGCGGAACGUACAUUAUUGUCUUCUACGCCGUCGAUAUAAUCAAGGAAAUCGGCGGCGGCGACGUCGAUAAUUAUUUGGCGGCCGUGGUGACGGCGGUCAUCAGAUUUAUCUUCUCCAUUGUCUCUUGCGUUGUACUACUUAAAAUGGGCAGACGAUCCUUAGGUAUCGUUUCGGCGGUUGGUACGUCCUUGGCCUCGUUGAUUCUCGCGGGAUACAUAAUCACCCGGAAGGAGGAAUCUUCCGCAGACGGUUAUGUGUUAGCCGUAUGUUUGUUAUUUUACGUCGGUGCGAACACCAUGGGUUUGCUGACGCUCCCUGGACUGAUGGCCGGUGAAUUGUUCCCUCUAAAGGCUCGAGGUAUCGGUGGCGGAUGCACUUUCUUCGUCUACAAUCUACUUUUAUUCUUCGUUACCAAAUGCUUCCCAUGGAAGCUGUCUUUAUUUACCUCGCUCUACCAGAAACUAAAGAUUGUACGCUUCAGGAGAUUGAAGAUUAUUUCCAACAAAGUAAUCUUCUAUGGAUAACUAGAACACGAAGCAGAAGGGAUACAUUCGUGCCGACGAACGAUGCUUCCGCCUGAGCAUUUAAUCAUUCUACUUGAUUUGUAAAUAAGAACAAGAUAAGUUUAAUUUAUAUACGACUGCGAUAUUAUUAGACAAUAAUUGUAUUAUAUAUUUUUAUAUUGUAUCUUAAAUUUAUCGCUAUCUAAAUUAUGCGAUUAUGUAAGUAAAAAUUAUGAAUAAUAAAUUAUAUCAUAUGUAUUGUAAAUCUACAAAGUAUAUUGUUCUAUAAAGUAUCUACAAAGAAAAAUUAUAUUUCAGUUUUAUAACUGAGAUUUGUGAAUAAGACAGAAUUUCUGAUAAAUACUAACCGAUUUCAUUACAAUCGUCUAAUAAAUUAAUUGUGGACAACUUAGAGCAAUUUAGGACAAUAGAGAAACCGGCUGAAAUAAAAUAAUGUAAUAAUGUACGUCUAUGUUCAAAUUUUUGAAUCUCGUGCAUGUGUCUUCAUUCAUUUUGUUUUAUUUUUAGAUAUGGUUUUAACGGCAAAAAAUUUACCAAUACAAUCUAUCACUUAUAUAUCACCUAUAUUGUCAUAUGUAAUAUUCAAUAUACGAUUUAUAAUCGAAUAGAAUUUUAAUAUUUUUCCCAUGUUGUCUUUUUUUAUUUCUCCUUGUAUAUGUUUUGUAGAUUUCUGUAAAAUCAGCUUUUUUCUAAAGCGCCGAAUCUUUUUAUAAAUCAACGUUUUAUAAAGCCUAAGCUUUUUGUAAAAAAAGGCUGAAUUUAUAGAGCCUGUGACAUAUAUGUACAUAUAACUCUAUGUAACAUUUCUUUAAUAUAGUUAUCUAUUGUCGAUAUAUAUUUAUAUAUUUUUAUAUUUAUAGAAGAUAUCAAGUC